UCUACAAGCCUGGGUUAGAUGCUUUCCUGUGUUUUGCGAAUUUAAGAAUACAAAUCAUGACUCCAGUCCUCACUUAACUCAGGCUGAGCUCAAACUUUGAUUUUAAAAUAAGUUCGGGGUCUUGCUUCCAAGUGGGAUUUGGUAGUCAUUAAUAAACGUAAACGUAUCUCUGCCAUGAAGAUGGUGGACAAGGUCCUUUUUAAGGAGUUAACAAGAGGAGCGUGAGAAGUAGGGAAACUUCACCAAGGGGUAAAGAUAAAGAGGGCGGAAGUGAGAAUGAUAGGAGAGAGGGUAUCAAAAUGCUUAACAGCAAGUAACCAUGUAGAGAAGGGAGUGUUUGAACAGUACAGGGAUUCACUGAUGCGAAUUCCUCUUUUUACGUUCCCACGGGGCUCAGGAUGGGGAAUGUAAAUCCUGACAACAGGCGCGGCCACGCCCCCUUUAUCCGCUCUUGCGAAGAGGCCACCACGCAGCCUCAACCAAAACAGGGGCCUCACAGCCCACAUGCUGAUUGGGUUUUCUUCUGGCAAGCGCCGGAAGCGGAAGUCGUGCGCCCGACCGUUGCUAGAGCGCUUGCGUGGCCGGAAAUCGCCGUCAGUUCCGGUCUUUGUAGUAAGUGCCCUUGUGAAAGCGUGGCUCAUGGUGCCAGUGUCCUGGUCGCGCUACCCCGAGGACACCCCAGCCUCUAGGAGACGGCGACGCAGCUCGUCGGGGAGCCUGCCUUCCGCGCAGACCAGACCAUCCCCGUGGGGGAGCCGUUCCCAAUCCCACUCGCACUCCCGCGGCCGCGAGGGCCUCAGGCCUCAGUGGGGUGGGUCGGGCGUCGGCGCUCCUUGUACCUUUAGCCGCUCUGGAUCUCGGGAGCGGCCCACCGGGCUCCGCAACUACGCUUUCUCGUCCUCUUCUGUCUACUAUGGCGGAUACCGCUACCAUCACCACCACUAUGCGGGCGACAGGCAGUGGGCGGAAGACUAUGAGGAGGAGGAGGAGAGCUAUCGUCAGGGGAGGCUGAAAGAGAGAGAAAGGACUGGGGAGUUGGGAGCACCCGAGGUGUGGGGGCUGUCUCCAGAGUUUCCUGAGCCAGAUUCUGGUGAACACAGCCCAGUUGAGGAUGAAGAGGUAAAGACUAAGAAGAACAGCAGUUCACGUUCCCGCUCCGAAGAAAAAAGGAAAAAGGCCAGUCGUUCAAAAAAUAAGAAAAGAAAGAAAAAGUCCAAAGGAAAACAGAGAAAAUAUUCUGAUAACAGCGACAGUAAUUCAGACUACGACACUAGCUCUGAUGAUGAUAAAAAGAGAGCAACAAAAUCCAAGAAGAAAGAGAAAAAACACAGAGCUAAAAAGCCCAAGAAAAAGACGAAGAAGACUAAAAAAGAAUCCAGUGUCAAAAGCUGUAAGGAUUCAGAAGGGGAGUUGCCAGAAGAUAUCUGGAUUGAGCAGUCAAAGAUUGCAGAUAACAUGGCUCUAAUAGGUCCAGAGGCACCUAUAAUACACACCUCUCAAGAUGAGGAACCUUUGAACUAUGGCCAUGCUCUGCUUCCAGGUGAAGGUGCAGCUGUGGCUGAGUAUGUAAAAGCUGGAAAGCGUAUCCCAUGAAGAGGUGAAAUUGGGCUGAGAAGUGAAGAGAUUGCUUCUUUUGAAUGCUUAGGUUAUGUUAUGAGUGGUAGCAGGCAUUGCAGAAUGGAGGCUGUGCGACUGCGUAAAGAGAACCAGAUCUAUAGUGCUGAUGAGAAGAGAGCCCUUGCAUCCUUUAACCAAGAAGAAAGACGGAAGAGAGAUAAGAUUCUAGCUAGUUUCAGAGAGAUGGUGUACCGAAAGACAAAAAGGAAAGAUGACAAAUAACUUUUGUUCUAUAGCUGGACUUUUAAGAAUUUUAUCUGACCAAAAUUAAAAGACUUUAUGAUGCUGCUGUACCUACUAUAAGUUCCUCAAGAAAAAACUGCUUUUUGAGAUCUCUUUAGCAAUUUAUUUUUUGUUAUUUUUAAUUUUAAAAGUAAAAUGUGCACGUUUUUAAAAAUAUUCAAACACUACAGGAGAAAAGUCAGUAAAAUGUAAGUCUUUUACCCCAGUCCCUGAUCCUUCUCCCCAAAGAAAUCUCUUUUUGGAAUCUUCUAUAUCUGUCCAUAAGUUCCGUGUAUAUACAAGCAUGUAUGUUGCAGGCUAAAAAUUGGAUCUAUUAACCUGAAGGGUUUUUUGUUUUUUUCCCUGUUGCUCUGACUUUUCUCUCUUUGAGGGCUUCAUUGCCUCAUGGAGACGUUCAUUUACCCCAGGGAGAACCAGAAGAACCCCAGAAAGAACAAAGGAUUCAAUUGAGUGUAUAUUUCUGGUUUCCAUUUAACACUGAGUUAAAAAGUAGAGGUUUAUUGGCUCAUUUUCCUCUUCAGGCUGGUUUCCCUUAAAUAACGAAAAGGCUGCCAAAGCUCCUGAGUUUGGUUGUAUAUUUUCCUGGUCCACCUAUGAAGAGAGAACAUUUUUGUCCUGGCAUUCCAAACAAGAAUACUGAGAUGCAGCCUAAUUAGAUUAGCUUAGGUCACAUGCCCUUCCUCACAAAAGGAAUUGUUGCAAGGGAAAUAGAACGGCCUACUCCUGAAUCUGCAGGUUUUGUCACCCUAAUGGGCUACAUGGGCAAGGAAUGGAUACCUGAGUGAAAAUCAGAGUAAUGUUGGGAAGGGGGGGUAGGCAACCAACAAAUGCUCACUACAGUUUUGAAUGAUUUUUUUAAAAAUAUAGAAUAGAGAGUACAGGUGCUGAAAGCCAAAGUUUUCUUGAAGAAAAGCUUGGCUUUGACUUAGAAGCCAAGUACCUGAUUGAAGGGGUGAUAGGAUUUAUCCAUAAAAAUAGAUAUAAAAAAGAUAACGAUCCAGAGUGCUUGAGUAUUCCAAAGAGUAGAUUAGGCACCAGCUAGGCUAGGAGGAGAAAGAACAAAAUGAGAAUAAAGGAGGAGCUCAUGAAAAGGAGAUCAGAUCAGGUGGGACCAGGUGGACAAGAGAGUUAGCAUUGAGAGACUGGCUAGCACCAAUGCUGGAAAAGACUUUUAGAGUGAGCUCCACUCAUGUUCUGUGGUAAGGCUUUUGUUGUCAUCCAGUGACAUCUUCCUGAACUCUGAGACUUCAGCGCUAACCAAACUAAUUUGGAUAUGCCCCUUUUCAAGGCUCAAGACCCUGGUAACCCCACAGAGCUGAAGGAGAAGGAGUGCAGUUCUAGAAUCUGGCAGGACAGAGUGAUGUAGAAGGGCACUUUUACCCCAGUACGUGACUUGAUUGACACUGGACCACACUACCUUGAGAUUUUCCCCAAAGAGAGUUGGGUGAAAGCCGCCUUGUUACAUAUGUAUAUUUCCAUUUUUAGAAACAAACCAUACCGCACUAUACAGAUGGAUCUAUACCUUGCUUU